AUGGAGUUCAGCAUUGACUUAGUUCCAGGUGCGGGACCAGUGUCUGUGGCUCCCUAUAGGAUGGCUCCUGCUAAGCUGGUUGAGCUGAAGGGUCAGUUGGAAGACCUGUUGAAAAAGCAGUUGGUGCGGUCGAGUGUUUCGUCGUGGGGUGCUCCGGUGUUAUUGUGGGAACGUCCAAGGACUGUCACUGAUAUUAGGAGUUUCAUGGGUUUAGCGGGUUACUAUCGAAGGUUCAUUGAAGGAUUCUCUAAGAUAGUAGUGCCUCUAACCCAGCUGACACGGAAGGAGCAGCCGUUCAUCUGGAUAGAUGCCUGUGAGCGGAGUUUUGAGGAGCUAAAACGGAGAUUGACCACUUCUCCUGUGCUGGUGUUGCCGGAUUCUAAUGAGCCUUUUUAUGUGUACUGUGAUGCUUCUCACCAGGGUCUGGGGUGUGUGUUGAUGCAAAACAGGAGAGUGGUGGCGUAUGCUUCAAGGCAACUGAAGAAUCAUGAAAGGAAUUACCCUAUUCAUGACCUGGAGUUAGCAUCUGUGGCUAUUGGCUUUGAGCUGGGAGAAGAUGAAAUCUUGAGGUUUAAGGGCAGAAUUUGCCUACCUCAGGAUGCUGAACUGAAGAGAGUUGUGUUGGAGGAAGGUCACAAGAGCAGACUUAGUAUACAUCCAGGUAUGACUAAGAUCGAUGUGACUCUGACCUCUGGUGUGGGAAGAGCGCUGAGGGCAAGAAAGUUGACACCAAGGUUUGUGGGUCCCUAUCAAAUCAUACAGCGUGUAGCUCCGAUCGCUUAUCGGUUGGCUCUGCCACUGUCUCUUUCAAACCUACACGAUGUAUUUCAUGUGUCUCAACUGAGGAAAUAUAUUCAUGACCCGAGUCAUGUGGUGGAGUUGGACGAUGUACAAGUGAAGGAGAACCUGACGUAUGAGAAGUUUCCAGUAGCCGUGGUGGAUCAUAAGCAAAAGGAGCUGAGGGGCAAGUCUAUUGCUAUGGUGAAAGUCCUGUGGGAUGCGACUACCGGUGAGGCUACUUGGGAAGUGGAGCAACAGUGCAAGGAGCGGUAUCCGUUUCUCUUCCCAAGGAGCUUAGAAACUCAUUUGGCUGCUGGUGUUAGAUUGUGCUUGGUUGAGUUGCUGAAAUUGGGGUUUUGGGUUUUUGGGGUUGUUUUGGAAACUUUUCGAAUUUGGGGAGAGUUACUGAUGAGUUCGCGCUGGGCGCUGUUCUUUGGGUCGGGCGCGCGACCACCAGGGGACUCUGUUUAG